UGUUUUGUUGAAGCGCUUUACUCUGGUGAAGUUGAUAAACUGGAAAAAGACAAUUUUGAAGAAGUAAACAAAAUGGCACAUGUAUUCGAUGUGUCCUGGUUGACUAAGAGGUGCCGGAAGUUUUACAAAGCAGAAGUACUGAAGUUUGAGAACAACUCAUACGAAGAGAUGUUAUUUGCUUGCGAGAUUGCUAGCAGGGCGCAUUACAAUCUGAAAGACAGCAGAUAUGUCAGCUGCUUUGUGAGGAAUGUUACUUUCAGUGGAAAUGGAAAAUUUGUCUUCUUACACAGAUAUAUGGCUGGAUUUGCUGAGAUUUCCAAACGUCGGAUUGACAUGUCCCUCGCUAUUGCUGCGAAUGAUCUGAACAUUAUCGGCAAUUGUCUUAUAGCCUAUAUUUCUUUAACCUUGAAAUGCAAAGAAUUUGAUGAGAAUUCCCUGUACAUGCUUCAAAAACUAGAUCUCCAGAAGUUUAACCGAACUUUUCCUUCGGAAUUAAAUGAUUUAUGCGACGUUCUGGCCGCUGUGUCUAAAGAUUCUAAAUGUGCUAAGGUGAAAACGAUUGUUGAUCAUUUUGUUAAAGGUAGAAGUACUGAAGCAUCAAGUAGCUCUAAAGAAGAGCUAAAAGUUUAUGAAAGUACUAAAGAUGUACAAGACAGUGAUAGAGAUGAUUGUAAAGAUAUUGCUAAUCAAACUGAGGAAAUAGAAUCAGGUUGGAUACAGUGUGUUCAGAAAACAGACUACACCCUGUCACACUACGAACCUGUACAGAUGAUAACUAACACUACAGAGACAGUGAACGAGAUAUAUGUGUGUUAUACUCUACCUGGGGAAGGUGGGAGUAGUGAGAAACAUAUUAGGAUUUAUAGAAAUGUUAAAACCAAUCAGUGGAGUUAUUGUAUUGGGGGAUGUACUCCAAAUACUAUCAAUAAACAGUUUCUAAACAAUGUACCAGCUGCUAAAUUCAAACACUGGAUAAUAACCAAAACUUCUACACACUUAAAGGUAGUGUGUAACAGAGUGACAGUUCUCAAUUUCAACUUUGCUACUGACUACACACCAGGUUCUGAGAAUAGUCACCAGGUUUGGUUGAAAAGGUGCACAAAAAUACGACUUAUUAAUUAUUGUGAUGAUUUACUUGUUUUAAAUACGGUCGGUUAGUUUCUGUAAAUUAGGCAGAUAUUACCUCUAAACUAUAAUUAGUAGAAAUUCUUUCCGGAUUAUUAAAGUGUUAACUUAUUUACCAACUGAACAGUGUAUACACAGUGUACUUGUAAUAUACACAUAAUUCAGUUGUGAACUUAUUUAUCAACUGUGGUCAGUUUUAUGUGAUUUAUCUCAAUGUGCUUUUUGUUUUUAACGACGAGAUUAAUUAAUAUUAUUUCUUUUUUAAGCUAUAUUUCAAAUUUUGAA